AUGGUUGUUCUCGUGGUAGCGACGGCGUCCGACCCGGCGUCCAUCGGCCCCGCCGCCGCGUUCCUGGCUAUGCCUGGCUGGUCCCCCGGCCCGCCCAUCCCGGAGGGGAUGGAGAGCUUUACAAAUGGGAAUGUUAGGUUAUUGAAGCAUGAACGCAGCAUUGUUGCAGAGGAUGAUCUUGACCGUCGGUGGCAGGAAGCCACUGGAGAGGCUGUUUCCGAGGUCAUAUUCCUCAGCAAACACACUGCAGUCUCCAACCGCCCUGCACUCACUGUCCAUCCAAUCGGUGUGCCACAUCUGAGGGAGGAUGAGACCCCCCCUCAAGGUGGGAGGCCUGGAUGGGCAGCGGUGCCAAACCCUCGAAUUGGCCCAUGGUUCCGGUUGAUGCAAAAGGUUGCUGCAGACCAAGGUCUUGUUCCAGAGUUUGAGAUUACACUUGAAGCUACUCACCAUGGACCACUUACCAGUACACCCACGAUGUUUGUUGAGAUAGGAAGUACACAAGAAUACUGGGGUAGACAAGAUGCUGCGCAGGCCAUUGCUCUAGUUCUAUGGAAAGGUCUUGGUCUUGAGGAAGGAAAUGCUGUUGGAACUUGGCUGGGGAGUGGUGAAAAGGUUCUACUAGGUAUCGGUGGUGGUCACUACGCCCCUCGUCAUACGGAUAUUGUCAUCAAAGAUGGUGUCUGGGUGGGUCAUCUCCUGUCUGGUUACUCUUUGCCAAUGGACGCUCCGCCUCAAGUAAAUGGAAAGAGUUCUGGUGAGGUUGGUGGGAUGUGGAAGCAUUCCAUCAAAGUUUCGUAUGAAGCCACGAAGGCAGGAUUUCCUGGUGGUAAAGUUAUAGCACAUCUUGAUCAGAAGAGCUUCAAGGGCUGGCAAAAGAACGCCAUCACGAGCUAUUUGCAGGAGCAAAAUAUCAGGAUAGGAAAACCCAACGAUUUCCUCUGCACAAAAACUUGGCCGUGCCCACAAGGCAAGCCGUCGAAGUGA